AUGAGUCGAUCUGGUCCUGACAAGAGCCCCUCCCCCUCCAUUGCCUUUGCUUCCCUCUUUAUGCUCUCCCCCCGACCUUCCCUUCUUCCCUUUUCUUUCUUUUCACCGUCCAAACAGCGGUUUUUAUUGUCGGUCACAUCUUUCAGGUCCAUGUCUUCUCGCCAGCAGCCGCCAUGGCGGCAACCGGCCUCUAGCCCGGACGCGCAACUGCCUCCAUUGAAGGUGUGGAACUCGUUGACGAAGUCCAAGACCCCCUUCGUCCCGAUCGACCCCGCGGGAAAGAAAGUUGUGUGGUACGCGUGCGGACCGACUGUUUACGACGAUGCGCAUCUUGGACAUGCCCGAAACUAUGUUAGCACUGAUAUUAUUCGGCGAAUUAUGCGCGACUACUUCAAGUUUGAUGUUAAAUUUGUUAUGAACAUUACAGACGUGGAUGACAAGAUCAUUCUCCGCGCCAGACAACAACAUUUGUUUAACGAAUUCGUCGGUGUCAACCCUACGAUUACCCCGGAGGUCCUGGAUACUGUCAAAAACGCUUUCGUCGCCUAUUUAAAGAAGAACCUUCCCUUGCUUGACUCAGAACUUCCUCCAUCGAAGUACCAGAAUGAGGUUGAAAAAACCUAUGCGACUAUCUUGAACGGUGGCGCUUUGCCAGGAAACGAGAAGGCAGGUGAUGAUGAGGCCAAGGUUAAGAUGCACAUCAAGACGGCUGCGUCGGCCGCAAAAGUCAUCGCGCAGGCGGAAACCCGCGAUGGCUCGAGUGCCGACGCUCUCUUCGCUGAGUCGUUCUAUACGAACGCGCAGGAUCUCAUUUUGCCUUAUCUUGAUGCCCUGAAGGGUGCAUUGGUUGAUGCGAACGAUCACAGUAUCUUCACCAAGUUGACCAAGAGAUACGAGGAACGCUUCACUAAGGAUAUGCGGGACCUGAACGUUCUUGACCCCACCGAGUUGACUCGCGUGACGGAAUAUGGUGAUGAGAUUGCGGCCUUUGUGGAUCGCAUUGUUAAGAAUAAUUUCGGAUAUGCUACAAAGGAUGGAUCCGUGUACUUUGAUAUCAAUGCCUUCGAAGCUGCGGGCCACCCCUACGCUCGACUUGAGCCUUGGAGUCGCUCAGACAACAAAUUGGCCGCAGAGGGCGAAGGCUCUUUGGCUAGUAAAACCACAGAAAAGCGCGGUCCUUCUGAUUUCGCUCUCUGGAAGUCGUCCAAGCCAGGCGAGCCGAGCUGGUCCAGCACCUGGGGCAAGGGUCGCCCUGGUUGGCACAUUGAAUGCUCAGCUAUGGCAUCAGCUCGGCUGGGCAACCAGAUGGAUAUUCACUCUGGUGGUAUUGAUCUUGCCUUCCCGCACCACGACAAUGAGCUGGCCCAGAGUGAGGCAUACUGGCACGGUGACCACGACCAUGAGCAAUGGGUUAACUACUUCCUGCACAUGGGCCAUCUGUCCAUCCAAGGAUCCAAGAUGUCUAAGUCGUUGAAGAACUUCACUACCAUCAGAGAAGCGCUUGAUCGCAAGGACUGGUCGCCGAGAAGUCUGCGCAUUGUUUUCCUUCUGGGUGGCUGGAAGGACGGUGUUGAGAUCACAGAAGAUCUUGUGAACACUGGUAGCUCAUGGGAGGAGAAGGUGAACAACUUUUUCCUUAAGGUGAAGGAUCCUGCUGCUCUCCAGUCGUCAGGCACCGACACCACCUUUGCUGCUGACCUGGAGGCGACUACGAAGGCAGUCAACGACCAGCUCUGUGAUUCUUUCAACACCCCCGCUGUCAUGGCGUCGAUUUCAGAACUUAUCUCUAAGUUCAACAUUGCUGACAAGGCCACUGUGCCUUCUGAGGAUGUCCAUGCUGCAGCCCAAUGGGUCACCUCCAUGGUGAACAUUUUCGGUCUUAACGGCACCGCCUCGGCUGACAGCACUGAAAUCGGCUGGUCUGGUAUUGAUAUCCCCGAUGAGGCCAAGCCCUACCUGUAUCCUCUGUCGGCCCUGCGUGACACGCUCCGUGAAGCCGCGCGGUCCAAGCAUGGAAUCUCUGCCAAGGAUGUCGAGGCGGCAGUUGCCCAAGCAUCGGCACCCAAAGAAACCUCCGAAUCUGCCAAGCCAUAUGCGGAGCUUUUCUCCAACUUCCGUGCCAAGGUGGAGUCUUUGGGAUCCUCUGAUUCUAUUGGCAAGGAUAUCCUGUCUCUGUGCGACCGCGUUCGAGAUAUCGACCUCUUUGAUGUCGGUAUCGCCCUCGAAGAUCGUGAAAACCAGCCUGCCCUAGUCCGACCUGUGACCCAAGAGAUGCUCAAGGCACGGGAAGAGAAGGAAGCCAAGGCUCUCCAAAAGCAGGCUGAGAAGCUGAAGAAGGAGCAGGAAGCUCUCAAGAAGGCCGAGAAGGGCAAGCUGAGCCAUCUAGAGAUGUUCCGCACCAACGAGUACAGCGCCUGGGAUGAAGAAGGCAUGCCUACCCGUGACACUGCUGGCGAGGAAAUCACAAAGAGCAGGGCGAAGAAGCUCCGUAAAGAGUGGGAGCGUCAGAAGAAGGCACAUGAGGCGUGGUUGGCUACUCAGGCCAAAUAG